AUGCUGUGUGAAUGCUCCUGGCCCUGGUGGUGCACCACCAGUGUGGGACUUCAGAAAGGAGUCUCAAUGCUGGCCAUCUUCCGCCAUCAUGCGGACAUGCUGCAGUCUCCGCCUGAAGCUUACCUCUUCGCGUGCGAAGUAUACGGAGGCAGGUCCUCACUCAUUGGGCGUUUGCGCAGGUCUACCGCAGCUCUGCGCUUCGCGAAAUGGAGAGCCCGGGACCUCAGCCGAGAGUUUCAGUGUCAAGAGGCAGAGCCGGCGAUCCGGCCCGGCGAGCGCAGGCCGGAGCCCUGGCUGAAGGGCUGUCACCAAAGGCUCUAUGCUGAGGAGGCAAUCUUGCAGCUGCUGGGCCAAUGUCUCGGAGUUCCCCGGCUGCGCCCCGACCAGCUCGGCGCCUUGGUGGCCUACUACCACCGCACUGGAGAUGUGCUGCCCAACAUGGUAGAAAUCCAAGAAGGCUUGUUGUCGCGAAAGGUGGAUGGGCUGGAGAUGUGCGCUCCCUCGAUGAUGCUGGCUCGGCUGUUAGAGGUGGAACGAGACAGCAUCUCGCUUCCUCCCACGGAGACGAGGUCAGCCUUGACGAACUUGCGCAUGUUUUGGGAACGACUAGAGGAAGGCGAGAUCAAGCGCCGGUGCUACCUAUGGGCCGGGUUCCAUUUUGCAGGCCCUGGCCAUGAGGUGUCCUGGCUCUUGCCAGGACUGGUUGAAUGUAACAAGGAGCAGCAUCAGGCAAAAGAGCUGGAGUCCCUAGCUGUCUACAGGACAAAACAUGGCUUCAAGGUGAACGUGGUGCUGCCGGUCUGUGGCGACAAGGAUGACACUCACCUCGACGUAUUGGAGCGUGUGGUGCUGCAGGACGGGGGUCAUUGUUACGGUGAAGCAAGAAGGACCGUACACUGCAGCCUAGCCGUCAAGCCACAGUCCACAUAUUUGUGUAGAAUCUCGUACUCUCAUAUUGUGCAAACAUCAUUCCAAAUCAUAGCAAUUCAAAACUCCGUGCUUGCGAUGUUUUGGAAUUGCUUCGGCUAA